UAUUGUUUGGCCUACCUUGGUGUUUGUAUGCUGGUGUUAUCAUCUUAUUCCUCCAGCUAAGAUUGCACUUUUGCCUAUCCGUCUCCCUUCCUUCUCCCUAUAAAAAAGAAAAAAGACACUUCCCUUCGCCCUCUUGUAAAUCUCAGCUGCUGGCACUGUGGACUAGAGGUGGUAGCUUGUUUUCUCUCAUCUUUCCCAUCAUUUAUGUUCUUCUUCCUUUGUGUUUCUCUCUUGUGCCAUUGGUAACUUUGUCCCACUUCUCUAUCAACUGUCAUUUCUGUACUGAAAAGGAAAAGGAAAGAGAAACCCCACUCCCACUAUGUUUCUUGUAGUUUUUUAUUUCAUGAGUGCUGUUUAAGGUUCGUCUUUUUAACAUCUAGUUUUUUGCAUUGUAUAUUAUAUAGCAAUGUCUUCUUACUCCAUCCCACCAGUUCCUAUUAAUCAAGAACUUCAGCUACCGUCCAUUUGUUAGAUGCUGAAAUGGUUAACCAAUAGCAGCGCCCUCUAUUCACCACCAAUACUUUCUUUUGUUUUUUGUUCUUGAAUCUUUGGUUUUUUUCUCUUCUCCAUGAAAGAAGCAGAAAUGACUGUACCCCACUUUUUCAUGUGUCCAAUUAGUCUAGACUUGAUCAAAGAUCCAGUGACGCUAUGUACCGGCCAAACUUAUGACAGAUCAAGCAUAGAAAAAUGGCUUGCUGCUGGUAAUCUAACUUGCCCUGUCACAAUGCAGAAGCUUCAGGAUCCAUCCAUGGUUCCUAAUAACACUCUUCGUCAUUUGAUUGAUCAGUGGCUGCAAAUAGGCCCUCAGUUUGAUCCUGUUUAUUUGUCAACAAUUGAUUCUCUAGCUUCAUUGAAGAAAAUUCUUGAAUCAGGUGACGCUUCCUUGGAGUACAAGUGUCAAACACUCCAAAACAUCCAAGCUCUAACUGAAGAAUCACAAUCUGGAAAUUCUUGUUUGUUCCAGUUAGGCUUCUUUACUUUAUUGUUGGAACUGCUUUUUGGAAAAGUGGAAUCCAGACUGUCUGAAGGAAGUGCUAAGUUUGCAGAACAAGCACUUUCUUGUGUCCUAAGAUUGCUGUCUCUUGGCGAAUAUGAGUGUUUAAAUAUGCUAAGAGAAGAGUCUAAAUUGGAAUCCUUUCAGUUUUUGUUUGAUCAAGGUACUAGCAAGAUCAAGAGGAGUUUGUGCCAAAUAAUAGAAGCAAUAUCAUCAUCUUUGGAGACAAGAGAACUCUGUGCUAAGCUUGGCAAAAACAGAAAACUCUUGAAAGGGCUGAUUCUUCUCGUUCACCAAACAUAUGAGGCAUCUGAGGCUGGAAUCAAAGCUAUAUCGGCACUAUGCUGCUUGGAAUCAAAUAGAGAGAAUAUGGUUCAAGAAGGUGGGAUAAAUGGACUCUUGACCUAUAUUUAUGACGCUCAAAGACAUGAAAGAAAUUUGGCACCUAAAGCAAUGGCAACAAUUGAGCUGCUUCUAGGACUAGAGAGUGCAAAAGAGGCUUUGAUCAAUGAUCCUAAUGGUAUUAAAGCCCUCAUUAAGAUGGUUUUUAGGGUUUCUGAUCACCAAGGAAGCGAAAGCGCUAUUCGAUCAUUAAUGAUUAUAUGCACAGAUUCUUUACAGGCACGAGAAGAAGCAAUUGGUGCUGGAGUUUUGACUCAAUUGCUUCUGCUGUUGCAGAGCCAGUGUAGUGGAAGGACUAAAACAAAAGCAAGAAUGCUACUCAAGCUGCUUGGGUCCAAGUGGGAUGAAGAACCAAAACAUUUGUAAACUACAAAAAAGUAUGGGAUGUUUUUAUGCCUAUGCGGGGUCUUGUUGGUGUAUUGGCUUCCCUGUGACAUAGUAUCUUUGUAAAGAUUACAGAAGUGUCCAUGUUUGUAUCUUAUCUGUCAUUAAACAUUCGUUAAUUACUGAAUAAACCCCCACCAAGCUGAGUGGAUUUAUGUUA